UGGUAGGGUCAGUAGAAUGUGUUGAUGCCCCAGAUUUUUUGCUUGACUUGUUCAGUGAGGUAGAAGAAAAACUUUUAGACUACACAAUUGAUCAAAUAUAUAUUCCAACUGAAUAUUUUAUCUGUGUGUCAAAGUUUCGACUCCUACAUGGUUUAUAUGGACUAGGAAACCUCGGACGUUUUUCGGAUGCCCCCUCAACGGAGUAGAAAUGGACGAAGACAUGACAAAUGUCUUCAAUUACCUAAAAUGUAAAGUAUACCCUCCAAAUGUAUGUAAGGACACAAAACGAAAAAUCAGAUCGAGGAGUAAAGCAUACGAAAUAAAAAAUGAAAUAUUGUACUGGAAAAACCAGAAGGGGGAGUUAAGACAAGUGGUCAUUAAUUUGUCAGAGAGAAAAAGGAUCUUGGAAGACAAGCAUGACAAAAACGGCCAUUUUGGCCGGGAAAAAACACUGUGGGCCAUAUCAGAGAUGUACUUUUGGAAAAAUUUGUCAGGAGACGUUGAAGAAUAUGUCAAUUCAUGCUUGAAAUGUCAAGAGGGAGGAGCUUUUAAAAAGUCGGAUGCAGAACUUUUCCCCAUUUCGAUUGUUAAACCUUGGUAUCACGUAGGAAUGGACCUCAUAACCAUGCCAAAGUCGUCAUCCGGAAAUUGUUACAUCCUAACAUUAAUGGACUAUUUUACAAAAUGGCCCGAAGCAGCCGCAAUUUCAAAUAAACGAGCAGAAACUAUAGCAUUUGAACUCUUAAAGAUUUGCAAAAGAAUGGGGUUUCCCACAGUCUACUCUAGUGACCAGGGGAGAGAAUUUGUUAAUCUAACAUUACAAAAACUAAUCAACCAGUACUCUGGAUCACAAAGAUUGUCGUCGGCUUACCAUCCCCAGACUAAUGGUUUAGUUGAGAAAUUCAACAGGACUCUGCAGGAGUCGCUAGUUAAAAUAAGCAGCGCAGAUCUGUGUGAUUGGGACGAACAUAUUGAUGAUGUUUUGUUUGCCUACAGAUCAACCAAGCACAAAACGACAAAAUAUUCGCCAUUUGAGGCAAUAUUUGGACGGAAUGCGUUUCCACAAAGAGAACAACAAUCUGAAAGCGAGUAUACUACGGAUAAUACAGAACCAGCUUUUGAAGAGGUGAUCGAAAAGCUCCAAAACACAAGAGACAGCAUUAACGAACAGAUAAAAGAAAAUGUUGAACUAUCCCAAGCAAAGCAAAAAAAAGUACUACAAAGACAAACGAGUACCGCUCAGACAAUUCCAUGAAGGAACAAAGGUAUUUGUAUUUAACACCCACAAAUCAACAAGAAAGGGUGGUAAAAAGGAAAAAAAAUGGUUAGGACCGUACAUUGUUACCAGUGUUCUAAGCAAAGGGUGCGUUAAAUUGAGAAAUCUUAAAGGUUCUCUCAUUAAGCGUUCUUACAAUGUGAAACUUCUGAAGAAGUGUGUUGACAGAAAAGAAAAACUUCGUCUUAAUGCUAACAACCAUGCAGACAUUGAUCAGAAGAUAUCAAACAGUAUCGGAGGGAUAGAACGUGACGCUAAUGACAAAGUCACAAAUGAUGUUGAAGAAAUCGUUGAUGUUGAUGAAAAGAAAACAGAUGAUGGUGACAAAGAGGCUUCUGGGGAUGACGACAGUGUCAUGGAAGCAGAUGCUGAUGCUGCUGAUGAUGAGGUUCCUAGGGAUGACGAAAGAGUUGAUGACUAUGAGGAGGAGGAAGAGGAGGAGAAAACAGAUGAUGAUGACGAAGAGGUUUCUAAGGAUGACGAAAGUGUCAAGGAAGCAGAUGCUGAUGUUGCUGCUGAUGAUGUUUCUGGGAAUGGCAAAAGGGUUGAGGAGGAGGUACUUGUAUCUGGAAGCUUUGAAUUAAAAAAUACGUUUUUUCCAGUUGAUGCUACUUGGCAAGAAAACCAAAUUUCAAAGCAUAACGUUAAUGUGUCUUUGAGAAAAAGACACCGUGGAAAAAUAAAAAAAACCUUUAGCAAAUCAUUGUCCAUUAAAAGUUAUGGAAGUCAGAGGAGACGGCAACUGUUUUUUCAGAUGUAUUAGUUAUGCUCUUACAGGAUGCCAGGCCCAGCAUAAAGCCAUACGAAACUCUGUCGUGAAAUGGAUGAAAACCAAUUCGGAGAAAGUGGAACGGCACUUUGGUACCCGCUAUAUUGACUGCUCUAACAUGAUUAUAAACGGAACAUGGGCAACAGAAGCCGAAAUUCUAGCGACAGCAGCUUUGUUGAAUACUGACAUUCAAAUCUAUUGUCAGUACGGCAAAUCUAUGCGAUGGGUAAAAUAUUCAAGCGAAACCCUUGGAAACUUCAAAUUCACAAAUAUGUGUAUAUACUUAACCAACGAAAGUGGAGUUCAUUUCAACUAUGUAGAAGAUAUUUAAAUAACAAUUAAAAUUCCCGACAAAGACAUAGAAUUUAGUUGAGAACACAGACACACAUAAAAGUGGCUGAAUUAUUUUCAGAAUUGAAGAACUAUGAAUAUCAAUUUAUGUUUCUUUUAAUACAUAUAUGGCAAUUGAAUUUGAUAGUUUUUGUUAUCAGUUUUGCACUGUUUGGACUUUGCAUUUUAUUACAGUUUUGAUCUAGCAAGUGUGUUAAAAAUGCUUUACUUGCUGUGAAUUGUAUUUGCGAUGCUGAUAAGUAAUCAGUAAUCUAAUAAAUUUUGAUAUUCCUUUAUUUCUGUCAUUUUUUUUUUACAAAUGAUAUGAUUAACCGACUUUAACAUUGUUUUAUUUGCGAGAAAAAAAAUCAUAAAUUCAUCUGCUUCCUCUUAAUUUUUUAAGCUUUAGUUUAAAUUCAGUUAAGGCAGAUGAUGUUACAAUCUUCAAGCACUGCGUUUAAUUAAAAAUAAAAGAAUCAAGAGCAUAAUUUAUAAAAACUGGCCUUGUUGUGAAAACUAUAUAGUUGCUUUGUUUAACGGAAACAAAAAUCAACGUAAAAACAUGGUGUACUUGUACGUGCGUUUAAGUGCGUGUUCUUUGAAAGACCAAUUAAUUUCUAACAAUUAAUAUACCAAUUUUUUUUUAUGCCAAAAAUAAAUGUAAUACAGAUUUGUUUUUCAUCAUUUUAGGAUAUCAUAUAUAUAAUAUAUGAUUUGCAAAAAAAAAAAAAAA